CGUACGGCAACCAGACGAGCGAGCCGCACGUUGUCGUCGUGUCCCGCGAACCGCCUCGCGCAUACGAUUAUUACUUUCGGUGUGUCUCGUGUUCAACCUAGAAUACAGUUCCCUGCGCCUACCUGUGUGUGUGUGUGUGUGUGUGUACAUGCAUAUUGCAUUAACAACGCUUCUUCGUUAGCUGUUUUUUUUUUCAAACACGUCGAUUCAUACAGCUAGAAGAGGCGCACAAGCCGUGGCAAAAAUAAUCCUGGCGUCCGAAUAAUCGUGCUCCUUUUUCUUUCUCUCCGCGCGCGCUCCGCCAGCACGGCGCGCGUAGCCUAUCCUCUUCGGGUUCGGCCGGUCGUAAUUAUAUGCGCUUCGCUGCUGAAACCCCGGCGUACGGAAUAAUCGACGAACUACACCUCGAGCGUCGUUCUCGCCGCGUCGAUUCCCAUGUAACUGUGCGGCAUCGUCGAAGAGUGGAAAAAAAAGGAGACGGUGGUGAAACAUUCUUGGUGAGAAUACGUUAUUCAGCGCAGUGAUUAUUAUUACCCUGACGGGUGUGAAGUUGGUUUACUUGGUGUUUUAUACGCCGGAGGCUCGUGUUGCACGGUUUCUCGCGAAUAUGCUGUAAAAAAAAAAGGAAUCGUCAUCGUCUUUGUGCGCGUCGUUUCCGAGUGCGUGGGAAGAAGGAUCGGGAAACGGGGGAUAUAUAACAGUCGUGUUAAAGUGGAUGUGGAGUGAUAACUGGUACGGAUCGUGACUCGCCCGUACAUAUAUAUACAUAUUCACAGACGGUACAGCAGUCUGGCAAAAAUGAUGGGGAAGAGAACGCAGUGCUACUUGUGCGAUCUGCCCAGGAUGCCCUGGGCCAUGAUCUUGGACUAUUCGGAACCGGUGUGCCGCGGUUGCGUGAACUACGAGGGUGCCGACAGAAUAGAUUUGGUACUGGAGUCUGCUAAACAGAUGAAAAAGGCGCACGGUUUUCAAGAGGCUAGAUCCUCGACGUCGAAGACGUACAGAACGACCGGUCACGCCGAGCACAACGGCGCCACGAAUUUGGACGUUCUACCGAUACAGAACACCAGCCAGAGCCAUUCGAGGCAUCACAAUAUCGCCGGUUACUCGCAGCUUCACCAUCGAAACUCGAUCACCGAAUUCAAUUCCGGCACCUCGAGGCAACAGAUCUCGCGGCAACACGAGGAGACUCAUGAAAUCCAAAAUGGCAUGAGGAGUAACAACGUGAGAAUCCCGAACGCCCACCUAGCCGCCGUUGCGCAUCACGUGAACCUCAGCCACAACAGAGGUAUCGCACAGUUAAAACGUGGUAUCUCGACCAUCGACGAGGACGAGCACGCGGAGAAGAGGCUUUCUUUGGAAGAACAGCAUCCGGUCAGGCCGCCAUUGACCAGGGGCGAUUCCUUGCCAGCUGUGAGCCUGGCCGUCAGCUACGUUCAGGACAGAAGCAAGGAGAAGCAUCCUGUGAGGGCACCCAGUUUCGAGACCGCCACUACGUUCAAGUCGAACGGAUCAUACGUUGGCCCCUCCAUCCCGUUGGCGCCGGCGAACGUGGCGGCGAACGGCGGAGGCUCUCCGCUUCGUCCACGAACGAGUCCUCCGCCACCGCCACCACCCGCCCAAGAAGGCUCGAAUGAUAAUCAGCAAUCAAAUCACCACCAGGGUUCGACGAAUGGCCCGUCGCCGAUGGCCGCGCUAAUGUCCGUCGCUGACAAUCUUGCGUCACCGGAAUCGGUGCCGCAGCCACCGAACAAUCCAAGCCCGACCAGCAGAAGCCCUCCGACCACGGCAACGAAUGUCCAACAACGAAGCGCAUCCAGAGGUUCGCAGCACAGCCCGAACAGUUCAGGAUCAGGUAGGAGGUCCAGUGGCUCGAGGCACGUGUCGUCCACGACCGUGACGACAUCGACCGAAUUAGCGGUCGCUCAGGUCCCCGGAGCGGAACAAGUGUCUGCGCCGAUACUGAAAUGCACCCUGUGUCAAGAACGGCUCGAGGACACGCACUUCGUGCAAUGUCCCAGCGUACCGCAUCACAAAUUCUGCUUCCCGUGCAGCCGGGAGAGCAUAAAGAGACAGGGUGCCGGCUCAGAGGUUUAUUGCCCGAGCGGGGAGAAGUGUCCGCUGGCGAACAGCCAAGUCCCGUGGGCGUUCAUGCAGGGCGAGAUCGCCACCAUUUUGGGCGACGACACCACGGGCUCCGGUCUGAAGGUGAAGAAGGAGAGAGAAACUUAAAGGGAUUCUCCGUAAACAAAAUGUUCAAUCGGGGCUCAAAUUUUGCACCCUCGCCAAAGGAGGGUUGGAAUCAUGGUGGAACCGUGAGGGUUCCACCGAAAACACACAAAAUACAAUUUUGGUAAAUGGUGGUGAUCGGCAUGUUUCGGCCUGGGUUGGUGUGUGGC